AUGGCGCCCCCGAGCUACAGCGACCUGUUCUCGAUUGAGGGCAAGACCGCCCUGGUUACUGGGGCAUCGUCAGGAAUCGGGUCCCGCUUCUCGGUCUUUCUAGCGUCGCAGGGGGCAUCAGUGGUGGUGGCAGCGCGCCGGAAGGACAAGCUUCAUGACGUCGUGCAGGAAAUCGAAAAGGCGGGCGGCAAGGCGAAGGCUGUCGAGCUGGAUGUGUCAGCGAACCAAGAAUCGAUCAAGAGGAGUGUAGACGAAGCCUGGGCAGCCUUCGGCAAGCUGGACAUCCUGGUAAACAACGCGGGGCUCGGCGGCGGCGAGGGCGUUCUUAAGGACAGCCAAGAGACGUUCGACGCACUGUUCAACACCAACGUGCGCGGCGUCUACUUCACGACCCAGGCCGUGGCUAGGCUGAUGGUGGACCACGAUCUCUCGGGGCGGAUCGUAAACACGAGCUCGAUCGCCGGGGCGGAGAUGGUUAUGGCCGGGUGGGCCAUCUACGCUGCCUCCAAGGCCGCGGUUAUCCAGCUAACCAGGGCGAUGGCGGUCGAGCUGGCUCCCAAGGGCAUCAACGUGAACAGCAUCGCGCCCGGCGUCUUCCCGUCGGAGCUGACGAGCUCAGUGGUCGGGACCGAAAGCGCAAAGCUAGUCCAGAGGGCAGUCCCUGCGCGCAGGUACGGAGACACGGAGACGGACCUGAUGGGCGCCCUCCUGCUCCUCGUGAGCGAGAAAGCGUCUCGAUACAUCGUCGGGGUGACCAUCCCAGUGGACGGCGGACACUCGCUAUACACGAUGGAUCUGGCGAAUCCAACAGCCAUCUUUGACGAAUAG